UUGAACGAGGAACGUCCUAAUUUAAAGAAGAUACUUGAACAGCAGGUUUUAUUAGAAGAGGAAAGAGAAACGUUAAAGAGAGAAGAGACAUUAAGGCAGAUUUAUAGUGUUUUAAACGAAUGCUAUUGGAAGAUUAAUGGAUGGUUUGUUGAAGAGUACGGAUUUCAGCUGUCAUUUAACAUAUUUCGCAAAUACGUUGAUACAAACUUUAAAAUUGACAGUAUCAACGAUGGCAAUGACAACAAGACUAUUGAUAUUGAUGAUGUAUAUGAAUUCUUUGGACACUCAUUUAACAAGUUUGCUAUAAGAGAUGGCAAGAGGAGUAUGCACAAAGUGUCAAAAAAUGAAGAUUGCCCAUAUAAGAUAUCAGAAAUUGAGAGGUAUUCGUUUGAUUAUACUUUUAUUACUGGUUUUAAUGAUAUUCUCUUUGAAAUUAAGUCUUUACUUACCUUUGAUGUUGAAAUAUCUGCUGGCUCCUCUGAAAAUAACAGGACAAUACUUGGACUGUUACAGGAACACUCAUCUAAGACUGUGCUUGUCAAGAAUAUUCAUUUUCUGCCCCCUGUUGUUAAGACUGGUACCAAUAGAUGUUUUUAUAUCAUUGAGCCAGGAGAGAGCCACAGCCUGAUGGCUGAGAGUAGAGUUGUCUAUGUUGACAGAAAUAGAAAUUAUGAGUUUGUAUAUAGCAGUUUGACGAACUUAUUUGACGGUAAUAGUGCUAUUUCCAACUACUUGAUUAAGUUCCACUCCAUCGGUAUUGCUUUAGGUUUAGACUUAAGCUUAAAAGAUUUAGAGAUUUGCAUAAAGAAUAGUAAUGGAGCAUUUAGUAAGGAAUUUCUGAUUGAAAUGGUAUAUUACAGCAAAAUGACAGAAAAGGAGAGGAGGUUAAUCGAAAAGGAGAUGAAAUCUAAAGGAUUUAUUCAAUAA